AUGGCUGCCCUAGAGAGCGUCAAGCAGGCCGUGGGCCUGGGCGAUAGCAAUGCUCCUGCUUCUAGAGAAGCUAUGUCCGAAGCUAGGCUCCCUCUUCAAUAUCGUGAUAGCUGUGCGAACCUUCUAAUUCCUCUCAACAAAUGCCGACAUGAAACUGCCUGGAUGCCCUGGAAGUGCGAGACGGAACGGCACAGCUACGAGAAGUGUCAGUACGAGGAGUUUAAGAAGAGAGUCGCCAAAAUGGACGAGAUUCGGGCGACUAAGGCGGCGGCUGCUGCAAGCAGUGCAAUAUAG